GCCGCGAUGCUCAUGGUUGCCGUGGCCAAGUUCGACAAGGACCCCAAGGUGACGGCGGACAUGGUCAAGAUCGGGACACAAGUGGAGUACACGGGCAAGAAGGGCAGGUCGGCGGGGAAGAAGACGACGGUGGUGACGGACGCGGAGGCCUUGUGGGCCAUGCUCUACGCUGACGACGCGGCCAUCGUCUCGCGCUCGCCGGAGAGUCUCGAGAAGAUGAUGUCGGUCAUCGUGCGCGUGGCCG